AUGGAAGAUGAUCUUGAUUUAGAUCUUUGGAAUUUAUGUGCAGAAGCGAAAGCAUUUUUCGAGAUUCAAGAACUUCUGGACUCAAAUGAAAGUAAAAUUGGUGCAGUGGCAGAGAAAAUUGACGAUAUGCGGAACACUGUCCUUUAUUUUGUACUUCUUGAAACCAUGGAAGAUGAUCUUGAUUUAGAUCCUUGGAAUUUAUGUGCAGAAGUGGAAGCAUUUUUCGAGAUUUUAGAACUUCCAGACUCAAAUAGAAGUAAAAUUGGUGCAAUGGCAGAGAAAAUUGACAAUAUGUGGAAUAUUGUCCUCUCUUCUAUUCAACAAACAUUGGACGAAGUAUAUGAUUCUUCGACGAACAAAGUUAGGAGGCUGAUGAGAUUGUGCUCAAUUCACAACGAUGUAAAGAUGAUAAAGGCAGUAGGAUUCAUGUCACAAUUUUUUGGCUACACAAGACCAAUUACAAUUUUAGGUUUUUCAGAAAAUCAACGAGCAAUCAUGGCCACAGAAGCACUGUGGGUCAAUCUUAAAAAGCAAAUUGUUGAUGAAGUUUCUCCGGUUCAAUUUGUAGAUAGGCUAGCCAUUCUGUGUCGAUCUCCGCCUAGACAGACAUAUCCACCUCCUUCUGGAUCAUUACUUACGCCUCCUUCUGGAGGGAAACGUUCUAGUCAAUUUGAGCUAUACUUGAGCCGUUAG